UGGGCACCUCAUGAACUAGGCCUCUGCUUGGCUUGUGGAUCUUCUGAUGGGAAUAUCUCAGUCUUUUCUGCAAGGGCUGAUGGUGGUUGGGACACCUCCAGGAUUGACCAAGCCCACCCAGUUGGAGUUACAUCAGUUUCAUGGGCACCUUCCAUGGCUCCUGGUGCUCUGGUUGGGUCUGGUAUGCUCGAACCUGUCAACAAGCUGGUUUCUGGUGGGUGUGAUAACACAGUGAAGGUAUGGAAGCUUUAUAAUGGGGCCUGGAAGAUGGAUUGCUCUCCUGCCCUCCAAAUGCACACUGACUGGGUUAGGGAUGUUGCUUGGGCACCCAACUUGGGGCUUCCAAAAUCCACAAUUGCUAGUUGCUCACAGGAUGGAACAGUUGUUAUAUGGACUGUGGCCAAGGAAGGGGAAAAGUGGGAGGGUAGGGUUUUGAAAGAUUUUAAGACACCAGUUUGGAGAGUCUCGUGGUCUCUCACUGGAGACUUGUUAGCUGUGUCUGAUGCAAAUAACAAUGUAACUGUCUGGAAAGAAGCUGUGGAUGGCGAGUGGCAACAAGUCAGUGUAGUUGAGCCAUAGUUUUCAAGUGAAACUGUUAUAAGUCUUUCAUUGGUUAUUUUAAUGGUCUUGUCCAUCUCGGGAACUUGUCUGGUUAGUAUAAACUAUUUUCACAAAUUUUCACAAAUUGAUGUUGAAUAUUUGAUUUGUAUGGUUGGUUUGGUUACUAUUGUUUCUUACCAAACAAAAGAGUUGUAGCAAAUGAGGAUUAUUUUUAAUUGUAGCUAUAUAUCUCAGCAUCGCGUUCGGAUACUGUUGAGUGGUUCAGCACUUGCUGUAAUAUGGUAAGCUUCAAUGUCUGGUUACAUUUUGAAGAAGUCAUUUGGGAGAGAGUAAAUAAAUAUGUAAAAGGUAGCCAUAAAGUAAGUAACUAGGUUGAUGUGAAUUAGUUGUGA